AUGCUAUCCUCAAGGAUGAACGCGCCAGCAAGGCGCAUUUGCGCCUCUGCGAGGCUAUCAACUGUUACAUCACGAAGCUCUGCUAUAACUCCUCGAUCAUAUUUAUUACCUACUAUUCGUACGAAUCUACGACUCAUACCGAAACUGUCUCCCGUGGUAUCCCUUCGACACUAUGCCAAUGGGCCCCGCAAGCCACACCCUCCAGGGGGCACACACCGCAUGGACAUGAGUGGCGGGGAGGAAAAGUCCGCGCUGGAGGAAUACGGCGUCGACCUUACCCAAAAAGCCAAAGACGGCAAACUCGACCCCGUCAUCGGCAGAGACUCCGAGAUCCAACGCACCAUCCAAGUCCUAUCGCGCAGAACGAAGAAUAACCCCGUCCUAAUCGGCAAAGCGGGCACGGGAAAGACGGCGAUACUAGAGGGGCUGGCCCAGCGGAUUGUGAGGGGGGAUGUGCCGGAGUCGAUGAGGGAGAAGAGGGUUGUCUCGCUGGAUUUGGGACAGUUGAUUGCGGGGGCGAAGUUUAGAGGGGAUUUUGAGGAGAGGUUGAAGAAGGUGCUGAAAGAGGUGGAGGAGGCGGAGGGGAAGGUCAUAUUGUUUGUGGAUGAGUUGCAUAUACUGCUUGGACUUGGGAAGGCGGAGGGUAGCAUCGAUGCGUCGAAUCUGCUUAAACCGGCACUGUCUCGUGGCGAGCUUCAGUGCUGUGGUGCGACGACGAUUAAUGAGUACCGACUUAUUGAGAAGGAUGUCGCACUCGCGCGGAGAUUCCAACCGAUAAUGGUGAAUGAGCCAAAUAUCCAAGAUACGAUUAGCAUCUUGCGCGGUAUUAAAGAGCGUUACGAGAUCCACCAUGGAGUGCGCAUAUUGGACGGCGCGCUUGUUGCAGCUGCUUCGCUGGCAAAUCGCUAUAUCACAGAGAGGUUUCUCCCAGACUCGGCAAUUGAUCUCAUGGAUGAAGCAGCUAGCGCUCUUCGAUUGCAGCAGGAGAGCAAGCCGGAGGAUAUUUUACGCUUGGAUCAGCGUAUUAUGACGAUCCAGAUCGAGCUGGAGAGUCUCCGAAAAGAAAGGGAUGUUGCCAGCAGAGAGAGGAGAGAGAAGCUGGAAGCAGAUUUGGAAGCUGCACAGGAAGAAGUGGGCGCUCUGAAUGACAAAUGGGAGAAAGAACGUGGGGGGUUAGAGGCUAUCAAAAAGCUGAAGGCUGAGCUUGAGGAAGCGAGGAUAGAGCUUGAACAAGCACAACGCCUCAACAACUAUGGCCGUGCAGGAGAGCUUCGAUAUUCUAUUAUCCCAGGGUUGGAGCAGCAGUUGCCAGCAGAUGGCGAGACUGGAUUGGAUGCCGGUUCGGAAAGCAACCUCAUCCACGACGCAGUCUCAGCGGACGAUAUCGCUGCGGUCGUAUCGCGUACCACUGGAAUUCCGGUUUCUAAGCUGACCUCGGGUCAUGCUGAGAAGCUUGUUCACAUGGAAGACUCGUUGCGGCAGUUUGUUAGAGGUCAAGAUGAAGCACUUGUCUCUGUCGCCAAUGCCGUUCGGAUGCAAAGAGCCGGGUUGAACGGCGAGAAUCGUCCACUCGCCUCAUUCUUCUUCCUGGGCCCUACUGGUGUUGGAAAGACAGAGCUCGCAAAGAAGAUAGCAUCUUUCCUAUUCUCAACCGAGCAAGCCGUUGUCCGUUUCGAUAUGAGUGAAUUCCAAGAAAAGCACACCAUCUCCAGGCUCAUCGGGUCUCCUGCUGGAUACGUAGGCUACGAUGACGCCGGGCAAUUGACGGAAGCUGUUCGGCGGAAACCAUAUGCGGUUCUCCUCUUCGACGAGUUCGAGAAGGCUCACCGCGACAUCUCGGCACUACUCCUGCAGGUGCUGGACGAAGGCUUCCUGACCGAUUCUCAAGGCCACAAGGUUGAUUUCCGCAAUACCCUCAUAAUCCUCACCUCCAACCUCGGUGCUGACAUCCUGGUCGGAGCGAACCUGGAUCAUCCCUACAAGGAGGACGACGAGGGACAGAUCGAUCCUGAGGUCCGCACGGCCGUUAUGAAUGUGGUUGCCCAGAACUACCCACCCGAGUUCCUGAACCGCAUCGACGAGUUCAUAGUCUUCAAGCGGCUGUCACAUGAGGCUUUGCGCGAGAUUGUGGAUAUUCGCCUCAAAGAGCUCCAAGGGAGAUUGGAUGAGCGGAGAAUCACUCUUGAGGUCGAUGAUGAGGCGAAGACUUGGCUUGCGGAUAGAGGAUAUGAUCCUCGCUUUGGAGCAAGGCCGCUGAACAGAUUGAUCUCGAAGGAGGUGGGCAACAGGCUUGCGGACCUUAUUAUUCGGGGGCAGCUGAGGAAAAACCAGGUUGCCAAUGUUAAGGUGAAGGGAGAUGGUCUGGAAAUCGCAUCUAUCACAGGUGGGGAUGAAGAGUAG